AUGCUGAGCCAGGCCCUGCGGCCGCCGAGGCCGGAGGCGUCCGCCGACAGCGCCCCGCGGAAGGAGACCUCGGUCGCGGCGCUCCUGCGCAGGCCCAUGUUCCGGCAGGCCGCGGAGGCCUUGCUGGCGCGCCGCAAGCUGGUCUUCGACAUGGCCCACGGGGUGCUGAUGCACGAGACGGCGGCGCCCCUGACGGAGCGCAGGGGGCACGUGCAGCGGCUGGUGCAGGGCCAGAAGGCAGCAAAGCUGGUCGACGCCGAGAAGAUCGCGGAGGAGCCAGAGGUGCUCUUGGAGCCCUCCAGCACCGCCAAGGGCUGGGAGGCCGCGAACGAGGUGGGGACGUUCCUGCUGAUGCUGGAGCUUUCCACCCGGGACCUCGACGCCAUGGCGGAGGCCAUCGCGCUCGCCCCCGAGGUGUCCCUGGACGAGAUCCACGCGGCUGGCGCCUGGCCCGCCUGA